GGUCGCGUCCUGCCCGCUGGGCCGGUGCUGAAUUGCUCUCCAGCUGCGUGGGGGCGGCGGCCCGUGCCAGGCCCCUGGAGGCGGGGGAGCGGCAGCUGCGACGGAGGAUAACCCCGAGCAUCCGGCGCCGGAUUGACGCAGCCCCAAACCGGGAACUGCUCUCGCCGCCUCCUCCCCGGGAGCCGGAGCUGCCGCCGAGCCGCCUCGCUCCCUCGGUGCCGCGGCAGGGCCGCUCCCCGCCCCUCGGCACCCCUCCCCAUGUGAGCCCGCCCCGGCCGGGUCCUCACCCCGCCCUCCCGCCGCUGGCUUUGCGCCCCGGGCGGCCCUCGACUUUGCGCCCCGUAGUUGAGUUCCGUUUAUGGUCUGAUUUCCGGCCACCCGCCAGCCUGCCCGGCCACCCGCCCGUCCCUCCCUCGCGGGGACCCGGAGGAGAGGGGACCAUGCCGGAGCCCGGGCCGGACGCCCCCGGCACCGCGAGCGCGCAGCCGCCGCCGCCGCCCCCGCCUCCCGCGGCCAAGGAGUCCCCAUUCUCCAUCAAGAACCUGCUCAACGGAGACCACCACCGGGCGCCCCCUAAGCCUCAGCCGCCCCCACGGACGCUCUUCGCCCCGGCCUCGGCCGCCGCUGCUGCUGCCGCCGCUGCCGCCGCCGCCGCCGCGGCCAAGGGGGCCCUGGAGGGCGCCGCGGGCUUCGCGCUCUCGCAGGUGGGCGACCUGGCUUUUCCCCGCUUUGAGAUCCCGGCGCAGCGGUUUGCCCUGCCCGCGCACUACCUGGAGCGCUCCCCGGCCUGGUGGUACCCCUACACCCUGACCCCCGCCGGUGGCCACCUCCCGCGACCUGAAGCGUCGGAGAAAGCCCUCCUGCGAGACUCCUCCCCCGCCUCGGGCACCGACCGCGACUCUCCGGAGCCGCUGCUCAAGGCCGACCCCGACCCCAAGGAGCUGGACUCCCGGAGCCCGGACGAGAUCGUCCUGGAGGAGAGCGACUCGGAGGAAGGCAAGAAGGAGGGCGAGGCGGCGGCCGGGGCGGCCGGGGCGAGCGCGGGCGCGGGCGCGGGCGUGGCGGCGGCGCCCCCGGGCCCCGAGGACUGGAAGAAGGGCGCCGAGAGCCCCGAGAAGAAGCCCGCGUGCCGCAAGAAGAAGACGCGCACGGUCUUCUCGCGCAGCCAGGUCUUCCAGCUCGAGUCCACCUUCGACAUGAAGCGCUACCUGAGCAGCUCUGAGCGCGCCGGCCUGGCCGCCUCGCUGCACCUCACCGAGACGCAGGUCAAGAUCUGGUUCCAGAACCGGCGCAACAAGUGGAAGCGACAGCUGGCGGCCGAGCUGGAGGCGGCCAACCUGAGCCACGCGGCGGCACAGCGCAUCGUGCGCGUGCCCAUCCUCUACCACGAGAACUCGGCGGCCGAGGGCGCGGCGGCGGCGGCGGCGGGGGCGCCGGUGCCGGUCAGCCAGCCGCUGCUCACCUUCCCGCACCCGGUCUACUACUCGCACCCGGUGGUCUCGUCGGUGCCGCUGCUCCGGCCCGUCUGAGGCCCGAGAGGGGAGGCGGAGGGAGCGCCCGGCCCCCUCCCCAGACCCCGGAGGAGACUGGGCCGGGCCCAGGGCGCCGAGACGUCCAGCGGCCUUCGGGAGCCGGCGCCGGCGCGGCUCGGCCUCCCCUCCCCCGAUCGGUAGCGUUUUGUAAGUAUUUGCAAUGCAUUUUCGUGCAAUUCACCCCACGUGGAUUUGAGGCGCUUCCCCUCUUCCUUUUGGUUUUUGGCUUCUAUUCAGAGAACAGGAAACAGGCCCCAUGCCUGGGUCAACAUAUUUCGGCUGGAAGCUUCGGGAAUAGGGACAACCCACCCACCGAAUUUGCAUCGCGCGCUGUGGCUUUUUUGGUUUUAUUUUUAUCGAAGGAAAAAUAAACGCCAAAAGCGGGCCCCCUCUAAUUUAUUCGUUUCUAUAGAACGAUGUUCAGGAGGAGAGAGAGAGGAGGCAGAAAGAGAGAGAGAGAAUUCGCAUUGUAGUAUUUUUAUUUCUAGAUUUCUGGGUGUGGUUCUGCCUCUCCACCGCUCCCCCCCCCCCAACCGGUAUCCUCUGGUUUUCAAAACCUGAGCAGCCUCUUAUAAGAACCCCGACUGAGGCCGCCCCUCUCUCACGGGCGAGGUCUGUCUCGGUUCUUCCUGGGUUCCCCUUUGUGACCGAAGGAUUAUCUAAGUGUCUAAAGGGAAAAGACAGCCCCCAAAUCAGUCUCCUGGUGACGGAACGGCUCCGCAUCUGGCCCCCCCCCCCGUCUUAUUUAUUAGUGGCAUUUAUUUUUGGAAUUUCACUUGUUGGUAAAUUAUUCUUAAUGUUGCUCUUCUUAUUUUAUCCCCUCCUAGAGAGUGAUUUCAAUAUGAAAAGCAACAGCCUGUGGCCUGUACCCUCUCCCCUGCCCUUUCUGUUCCACAGUGACUGCUGUACUUCUGACCUGUGCAAUAUUGUGCAAAAUUUCCCGAGCGCCUGGCUCUUCCUCGGGCGAGCAAGGCAGGCAUUUCCACUGUAUAAUCCUGGUCGUGGCUUCAGGAAGAGAAAAUUAAGGAGAAAGGGGGGGGGGAAGGAAAGAAGGGCAGACAGGUAGCGAUGCUCAGAGGAGUCAGGUAGGAGACUGGAGCGCUUUAAGUGAAGGACAAUCAAUUUAGGAGAAUUUUAACUUAUUUGAUAAAUGUACAGAUUUCUUGUAAAGUUCACCCUCGACUCCGGAGGGCUUCUUGCUCUGCCGCCCCAUCUGUUCUUCCCCUGGCUACACCUGUUGUUCUGCGGUCCUUUGCCCCCACGCCUCCCCCACCGUCUUCCCACCUCUGUCUGGGUUCAGUCCCUUUUUAAGAAAAAGAGAAAAAGACACAAAACAUUGUUAAACUUCAUGUUGUGGUGAAACGGAAUUCAUUAAAAAGCAAAGCGAAGCGUCUCGUGUUGCCCGCGUGUGACUGACUGUGCCGGCUGCCCCGGAGCAGGAGUCUCCCACCGGCUCUGCUGCCCGGCGGGGCCGCCGCCUCUGAGUCCCGGCGGCGGGGACAAAGGCGGCUGUGUCCGCUCCCUCCGCGGCACCUCUGCGGCUCUGACCGCCGGUGAGCAGGAGGAGAAUGAGGGGCGGAGGGCGAGGACCCGGCUUCCCGAGGCUGCGGGAUGGGGCGAGGCGGCGGCCGCGAGCUUGGAGGCGGCGGGUCUCUCCGAACGCAGGACGGCGGCCUCGCACCCGCUCAGGGA